AUGUACAGCAUGCUGGAGACUGAGAUCAAGACGCAGCAGCCCACGCCGGGCAGCACCGGGGGCAACCCCGCUCCGGGGAGCAACGGGAAAGGCAGCGGAGGUGGUGGGGCCAGCAACGGAGCGGGGACCGGCUCGGACCAGGACCGCGUGAAGCGCCCCAUGAAUGCCUUCAUGGUGUGGUCGCGGGGCCAGCGGCGAAAAAUGGCCCAGGAGAAUCCUAAAAUGCACAACUCUGAGAUCAGCAAACGCCUCGGGGCCGACUGGAAGCUGCUUAGCGAUGCCGAGAAACGGCCCUUCAUCGACGAGGCCAAGAGGCUGCGGGCCGUGCACAUGAAGGAGUAUCCGGAUUACAAAUACCGGCCCCGAAGGAAGACCAAGACUUUACUGAAGAAGGACAAAUACUCGCUGCCCGGUAACCUGCUGGCCCCAGGGGGGGGCAACGUGGUGAGUAGCCCCGUCGGGGUGGGGCAGAGAAUUGACAGUUAUGCCCACAUGAACGGCUGGACCAACGGGGCUUACUCACUGAUGCAAGACCAGAUGGGCUACAGCCAGCACCCGGGCAUGAACAGCCCCCAGCUGCAGCAGAUGCACCGCUACGACAUGACGAGCCUGCAGUACAGCCCCAUGAUGUCCACGGCCCAGACCUACAUGAACGCCGCCUCAACCUACAGCAUGUCACCCGCGGCCUACGGCCAGCAGCCCUCCACGGCCAUGAGCCUGAGCUCCAUGGGCUCGGUGGUGAAAUCCGAGCCCAGCUCGCCGCCUCCUGCCAUCACUUCCCACUCACAAAGAGCCUGCCUGGGAGACCUGCGGGAUAUGAUCAGCAUGUACCUGCCCCCGGGGGGGGAUGCCACAGACCCUUCCGCCCUGCAGAGCAGCAGGUUACACAGCGUCCACCAGCACUACCAGAGUGCUGGGACUGGCGUGAAUGGUACCGUACCACUAACCCAUAUAUAA